GGCUAACCGGUAACUGAAUCACGGUGUAUUUCUCUUGCUCUAUAAAACCAUGGUAGACCUCCAUUUCUUUCAACUUACAAGAGAUAGAAGCCAGGUAGAGCAUCGAUCAACAAAGAAAUUCAAGAAAAAAUGAGUGAACCCAAUCAAGAACUUGAAAUCUCCACCACAUCCGAUGGCGGCAAUACCAUCCCUGAUAACCUCUCGGAGGAAUCCAUUGAUUUUACCCUUCUCCGCCUCAACAGUUUCAAUUCUUCGGAUAAUAAUACGAACACAGACAACCCCACCGCCGCCACCCACUGCCAUACCCCUUGCACCGCCUGUGGCUGCCGUCGCUCUUCCUUUCCGCCCACCAAUAUCUCUUCUUCGACCAACAAACGCCGCUCUCCUGACCUCAACGCUACUAAACUGGACCCAGAAGAUCAAAUCCCCAAAAAACCCAAGAAACUCUUUCUUGAACCUCAGGAGAAGACCGUCAGCACUCCUUCUCUCUAUGGUUUCUCCAAGAUCACUCUACCUUUCAGUAUUGGAUCGGACAACUCGGCUCAGGCCCCCGCCAUAGACCCGGUUCCUUUACUGCGUCGCUGCCAUUCUGAUCCUUACAACCCACCAGUGGCAGGAUCCGACUCUCUUUCUGGGUCGUGUAUGGGUUCGGCAUCAAAGCUUGCUCCGCAGUCCCCGCCAGAGAAUUCCAAAAUUGUGGGGGCCACCGAUGUGACAACGCCUGCAUCAAAGGCAACUGCUUCUCUGCCACCACGGCCGCCGAUUCUCAGGAGAUGCGUGUCAGACCCAUCACCUAACAAGAGCUAUUCAAGAUCAUCGAGCUCUAAUGAUAUGACUGUUGAUGGGACUCCUCACUAUGAGUGGCUGAAGAGAAUGAGGGAUCGCAUGAAGGAAAUGAAUCAGUGGUGGGAUGAACUAAUGCUUGAUGAAGCGAGAUGUGAAGAGGAACAAGAAGAUAAAGGCACUGAAGAAAACGAAACUACCAUUGCUGCUGUACAGGGUGGAUCAGUGAGAGAACACGAUGAAUCUGUCUCUGUAGAGAAAAUUGAAGGAUGCUUUGUUGCCUGCUUUCGGUGUCCCUGUGGCAAAAGCUAUCGUAUCCUUUUUUCUGGAAAAGAUUGUUACUACAAGCUCAUAUAGUCUGGGAGUUCCAUUCUUUCUGGGUUUCAAUCCUUUUUGUUAAAAAUGUUGUUCUUAUUCAUUCUUUAAUUUCUUAUUUUCUGAUUGUUUUAAGGAUGCUUCUUGUGGUAAAAUACUGAUCUUUAGAUGAGGUCAAUUUCAGUAGUUGUUAUUCAAUGAUAUUCGUGUCAUCUGAUUGCUAGAACAUCACCCUGUUGAUGGUGUUGUGCUGAUAGGAAGAUAAAUAAGUGUACUUUGUGGGAAACCUUGUACAGAAUGGUUAAUAAAUGAAUUGUGCAGGUUCUUUUCUUGACA